UCUAGCUGUUGUUCAUCUUAAGGAACAUCUGCUGCUGCUAGGUCCAAUUUUGGUUAAUUUGAUCCUUAAACUCUAUGGAGCAAUUAGGCAUCGUGAGUGAAGUGAAACACCAAAGAAUAAAAACGAACGGAGUAUGGAUACAUGUGGCAGAGAAAGGGACAGGACCACUAGUUCUACUGCUUCAUGGGUUCCCAGAAAUAUGGUAUUGCUGGCGCCACCAACUCAACUUUUUGGCCCAACAUGGUUAUCAUGCAAUUGCACCUGAUCUCAGAGGAUAUGGUGACUCUGAUUCUCCUAUUGAUCCUAGUUCCUACACUGUUCACCAUGUUGUAGGUGACCUUAUAGGUUUGCUUGACCAUUUUGGUGAACAACAGGCAUUUGUAGUUGGAUCUGACUGGGGAGCAAAUAUUGGAUGGCAACUGAGCCUGUUUAGGCCUGACAGAGUGAAGGGAUUUGUUGCUAUUGGGGUUCCUUAUUAUCCAAGAUCUCCUACUGCUAAAACUGUUGAAACUAUUAGAAAACUGUAUGGAGAUGAGAGUCAUGUCUGCCAGUUUCAGGAACCAGGGCGAGCAGAGAGAGCAUUUGCUAGAUAUGAUUGUCUGACAGUGAUGAAGAAGUUUUUGCUGAUAACAUGGACAGAUUUUCUAGCAGCUCCUCCUGGCAUGGAGAUUAUUGAUUUCUUGCCAACACCUUCGGUUUUGCCAUCAUGGAUAACUGAGGAGGAACUCAUGGUCUUUGCUGACAAAUUCCAAGAAUCUGGUUUCACUGGUCCACUCAAUUACUACCGUGCAAUGGACCUAAACUGGGAGCUUCUUGCACCAUGGCAAGGAGCAAAGAUAACAGUUCCAACAAAGUUCAUUGCUGGAGCCAAAGACAUCGGUUUUGAAAGUGGUGGCACAAAGAAUUUUGUGGAAAGUGAUAUCUUUAAGAGCCUUGUUCCCAACCUUGAAGUGGUUAUACUAGAUGGCCAUCAUUUUAUACAUCAAGAAAAGGCCCAGCAAAUUUCAAAUGAAAUCCUUUCCUUCAUCGGUAAAUUAUCUCUCGAUUAGGGAAAUCCUAAACAGGUUCCACUUGAGACCCUUUUUUCUCCCCAUUGCAUCCAUAUAGUAUUAGCGGUUUAUAGAUUGUUGAUGUCAAUCCCUUCCUGCUCCAGGUUCUGGCUCCAAGGCGUAGGUGUGAUCUUCACAAAAUUUAUUAGAUUGUGAUUUUUCAUUGGUUUUAAUAUCUAGUUUCCUUAAUUUCUGCAAUAUUACAGACAAAUGUCACCGAGGUGUUGGCAAGAUCUUGGGUGUGAAUAACGAUGCGUAUUUUGUGUGUCCGCUUCAAAUUUAUAGGUUUUUCUAGAUGGUAAGUUGUAUAAUUGUUGGGGAAUAAGUGUAGCAUUGAAUACUAAUAAAAUAGAUUAGAUUCUUAAAUUG